AUGGACUUGGAGAUCCUGUUGUCCGAGUUAUUGGAUGAUAUCGCCAGAAGCCGAACAGUUGAGUUUAGCGAAGGUGUUACUGAUGUCUUUGCCAAACUUCAAGAAACUCUCACCUCUGGGCAAGUUCCUUUCUCAACACCACUUGCUCCCAUCACCGAGGACGACGAGUUAGUUGAUUAUGGCGCACCUGAUUUUGGGAUAGAAAUUACGGAUAUCAACUUUCCAGAAACAAGGGCUGCUAUUCUCGAUACAAACAGUCCAACAUAUCCUUGGCCUUCAAAAGCAAAGUGUCAGAAAUUUGUUGAAGAUCUCCUCGGUCAACCAACAGAGAAGGUUACUGCUCGGUCUGGGAACACCUUCUAUAUCAAUAACAUUGCAAAAGCAAUCUCACAUGACUAUGGAAACCCACUCACUUGCUUUGCGAUGCAAGACUAUCCUGAAGAUGGCAGGAAAGGAAUGUCUCAGGUCUUUCAUGGCAAAAAGAUGCUGCUCGAUCUUCCAUCUCCUCCAGCAUUUUUUUCAUCAAUGAGCUGUUGCAAGAUACUUCGGGAGACUACUUCAUCCCGGAGCAGUUUUUUCCUCGGUUCUUCGUCUGUUGACGAUGAUGUUGAACAUUGCAAGAAAUCUGACACCAAAAUUCUAUAUGCCCUUGGUCAGGCUGUUCAACGAACUGAUGCAGGAUUCAUCGUCAAUGAUGAACAGGAAAUCAUCCCGACAUCAAUGUUUGUACGGUCAUACGAAGACAUUGCGUCAACGGGAGAGCUCUAUUGCGGUCUCACAGCCUCUUCCGUCCAGUACGCAUCACUUGCGCCUAACCCACUGCGCGAAAAGGCACAAGGCCGAAUGGUGUAUGCAGUCCCAUUAAUAAUUUUCAUGGAUGACGUCUCGGGCAACAUCUCGAAACAAUGGAAUAAGCACCAUGCGGUCUACAUGUCAAAUGCAAACCUACCGCAUGAGAUGCUUGAGAAGGAGUUUUUUGUGUGCUUUGUCACAUCCUCUCCCCAUGCUGCACCAAUGGAACUGAUGCGAGCGAUGAAAGACUCGCUAUGUGAUGCAGCGGACUCUGGUAUCAUCGCUUGGGAUUGCAAGGAUCAAGAGGAGGUGAUGCUGAUACCAUACGGGUUAUUCAUUGCUGGAGAUAAUCCAAUGCAGGCCGAAGAAUGCAGUCAUGCUGGCUUCAAUUGCAAUUACUUCUGCCAGACAUGCGAUGUUGGUGGUACAAAGGAAUACAAGACGUCUAACGAAGGUUAUAAUAGCAUCUUUACUUCGGGAAACUUACGAACACCUGAAAAGACAGCCGAGAGUAUACAACACCAGUUUGACGCUGCUAUGAAACCGGGUGCCACGACCAAAGUACAGAACACUAUGUCUUCCACUGGCAUUCGUGACAGUGCUUCAGCAUCCAUUCUGGAAUCAUUGGUUGAACUAGGCAAGAAACUUCGUAAGCGUGAGCCAGGCUCCCAAGCAACAUCUGAAAGCGAGGUUAUAGCAGCACUUGAAAAAGAGUUUGAGGAACAGUUGCAAGGCGCCAUAUUAGAUGAUGCCAUAAAUACGUUGCUUGGCAUGAAUGGAAUCAGUAUGCACUUGGACAUGCCAACCGAGAUCCUUCAUACAAUUUUGUUGUGUGUUGUCAAAUACUUUUGGGGUCAGACUGUGUUUCUCCUUGAGAAAGCAAAGGUCCUGCAUAUGUUUCAGAGCUGA